AUGCAGGCUCAGAAACUGACACUCCCGUAUCACACUCUUACACCACCCAAUUUCUCACUCUCUCCUCAAAUUCUCCCUUCCUUUUCACCACUACAAUUCCCCUCCUCGAAUCUUACUUUCAGAGUCAAUUCAAAAUCAGGGUUUUUCCAUCCAGUCAAAAGGAUGUUCAAAUCACAAAGUGGUUCUGGAAAACAUGGACGCAUGGUUAUGGUCAGUUGUGGGGAAAAAGAGGGUGAUAGUGAUGAUAAAGAUGAUGGGUUUUAUAUGAGGAGGUGUGUGGAGUUAGCAAGGAAGGCAAUUGGGUGUACUAGUCCUAAUCCUUUGGUGGGUUGUGUUAUUGUUAAAGACGGUAAAAUUGUUGGUGAAGGUUUUCACCCUAAAGCUGGCCAACCGCAUGCUGAGGUCUUUGCCCUUAGAGAUGCUGGUGAUUUGGCUGAGAACGCAACAGCUUAUGUGAGCUUGGAACCAUGUAAUCACUAUGGGAGAACUCCACCAUGCAGUGAAGCCAUGGUAAAAGCUAAAGUGAAGAAGGUUGUUGUUGGGAUGAUUGAUCCAAAUCCAAUAGUGGCUUCGAGAGGUGUGCAAAGAUUGAGAGAUGCAGGAAUUGAUGUAGUUGUUGGUGUAGAAGAAGAAUUGUGCAAGAGGCUCAAUGAGGCCUUCAUCCAUAAAAUGCUGACAGGGAAGCCCUUUGUUACGCUUAGAUACUCCCUCUCAGUCAAUGGCCAUCUUUUAAACCAACUCGGGGAAGGAGUCACUGACUGUGGUGGAUACUACUCUCAAUUGUUACAAGAGUAUGAUGCAGUAAUACUUUCUGCCUCGUUAAUUGACAGUUCCCCUCGUCCCGCAUCACAAGAGCCUGGUGCCAAUCAACCUUUUUUGAUUUUAAUGCCAGGAGGCCCUGGUUCUCCAAUCCAAAUUCCUCUACUCACGGAUGAGGCAGCUUCUAAAGUUGUAAUAUUUACAGACAAAGAGGCAACUAAAGAACCAGAAACUGCUAAAAAGGGAAUUGAAACUGUGGUUUUAGAACAGAUAAAUUUGAAUACAAUUUUGGAAUAUUGUAAAAGUUGGGGACUGUGCAGCGUUUUGUUGGAUUUGAGAGGAAGUUUGGCUGAGCUUGAAGAGCUCCUAAAUGAUGGUAUUGGGCAGAAUUUAUUGCAAAAAAUUGUGGUGGAAGUAUUGCCUUUGUGGGAUGAAAGCAGUGGUGAGAGUUCUCUCACGGCAUUGAAGAGCAUUGGGCAAAGACUAAAAGUCAGUAACUUACAGCCCAAGAUCUCAGGUCACAGCGUUGUACUGGAGGGUUAUCUAUAG